GCACGACAAGAUGCCAAGAUUCAUUUCGAAUUCUGAGCGGCGAUGGAGACGCGCCGUGCCGAUACCGUCGGAGAAAUUCGCGUUGGGAACCUCGCGCCGGGCGUGCCGUACCCGGUUCUCGAUGAAAUGAAGCACAUUGAAGAGAACAAGAAAUUCGCCGCAGCUGCCGCGGAACAGGAGCGACAACGUCGAAUGAGCGAAGAAACUCUUGCUCAAGUUCAAAGUGAGCUGCUGCGUGAGAAAUCCAAGCGAGAAGUUGUGAGACUUGUUGAAGGCGAACGCGCUCGCCGCAUCAGCCAAGAGAACCUGGCACAAGUGCACAACGACCUUCUUCGUGAAUCGUCCAAGAAGCUCGCCGUGGAAUGCAUGGAAGCAGAACGAAGUCGCCGUGCGAGUCAAGAAAACUUCGCACAAGUGCAUAACGAACUGGUCCGUGCGUCGUCGCAGAAGAAAGUGUUGCAAGAGAUGGAAGACGAGCGCAGUCGUCGAAUCAAUCAUCACAACAUUACCGAGGUGCACAACGAGCUCGUCCGCAAGAACUCCCUCAAGGAAGUCAAUGAAGCGGUUGAAGCCGAGCGAACUCGUCGAAUCAGUUUGGACAAGAAGGCUGAGGUUUGUAUGCGUGACAACUACCAUCGCGUGAUUCCGCUACCAUUGCGUAGGUGAACGCGCACUUGCUUCGACGAGCAUCAGUGGACGAGGCAGUCGAGCUUGCCGAAUGCGAGCGCCAACGUCGCAUUGCGGAAGCACAGUCGGCCAUGUAGCGUCAUCGUCGGUCGCCGCCUCGUGUGCGCAUCCCAUAUUUCGUCAAUUAAACCCAUGUCCGGAUAACAGAGAAUCGAUUCUCCCACA